AUGCCGAUAGAUAAAAAUAUAAAUGUUCUAAUGGUGUCAAUGGCCUUACAAGGUCACAUCAACCCCAUGUUAAAGUUUGCCAAGCUCCUUAUUUCAAAGGGUGUUCAUGUUACUAUCGCCACAACUGAAGAAGGUCGUCACCGCAUGCUCAAGCACAAUGCCUCCAUUAACACAAACCCAAAUUCCCAUAACUCAGAAAUCCAACUUGAGUUCUUUUCUGAUGGCCUUAGCCUUGAUUUUGAUCGUUCCGAUACCGAAACAUUAGUCAAAACUAUUCGAGAAAAAGGUUCCAAAAACCUCUCGAGUCUCAUCACCAACCUCACCAAAGUUCACAAUUAUUCUUGUGUGAUUGUCAAUCCCUUUGUGCCUUGGGCUAUAGAUGUAGUUGCUGACCAUGGCAUCCCUUGUGCACUGCUUUGGAUCCAAGCUUGUGCUGUUUAUUCAAUUUACUAUCGUUACUUCAAGAAUACAAAUCCGUUUCCCAAUUUUGAGGACCCCAAUGAGAAAGUGCAGUUACCUGGAUUGCCAGUGUUAGAGGUUAGAGACCUUCCUUCUUUUGUGCUUCCUUCUAGCCCUUAUCACUUCAAGGAAGUUAUGGUGCAUUUAUACCAUUCUUUGGAUAAGGUGAAAUGGAUUUUAGGUGCUUCAUUUUUCGAGAUUGAAGAAGAGAUAGUGAAGUCCAUGGCUUCGCUAGCUCCAAUUUACCCUAUUGGACCACUUGUGUCACCGUUUUUGUUGGGAGAAAAGGAAAACAGUGAUGUAAGUGUGGAUAUGUGGAAUGCUGAAGAUUCCUGCAUAGGGUGGCUUGACGAUAAGCCAUCAUCCUCUGUUAUCUAUGUAUCAUUUGGUAGCUUGAUUGUGUUGUCCCAAAAGCAGAUUGAUAACAUAGCUAUGGCUUUGAAGAAUAGCAACAAAGCAUUUUUGUGGGUGGUUAAGCCACGUGAUGGAGGGUCUAAUAACAAGGAAGAUGUUGCUGAAUUGCCACUUGAAUUCUUUGAAGAAACCAAAGGCAGGGGUUUGGUGGUUAAAUGGUGCCAACAGGAGAAGGUGCUAAUGCACCCUGCUGUGGCUUGCUUUAUUAGUCAUUGUGGGUGGAACUCAACGCUUGAGACAGUGGUUACUGGUGUGCCUGUUAUUGCUUGUCCUUUUUGGACAGAUCAACCAACGAAUGCUAUGCUUAUAGCCAAUGUGUUUCAGAAUGGUGUGAAAAUGAAUUGUGGGGAAGAUGGGAUUGCCAACGCGGAAGAGAUUGAGAGGUGCAUUAGGGACGUCAUGGAGGGGCCAAGUGCUGCAGAGAUGAAGAAUAGGGCUAUGAAAAUGAAAGAGUCGGCAAGAAAAGCGUUACAAGAAGGUGGUACUUCUAAUAAGAAUAUCAAUAAAUUUAUCAGUGACAUGAUUGUUGGGAAUGCAGCUAAUGCUUAA